AUGAGUCUCUUCUCUCAAGCUCUCACUAUUUCACUGCUUCUUCUCGUCACUGUUCACCACUGUUGUGGCCUUAGUAGAGACGGCGUUCUGUUGCUUUCUUUCAAGUACGCUGUGUUGAACGACCCACUUUACGUCCUCGCAAACUGGAACUACAGUGACGAGACACCAUGUUCGUGGAACGGCGUUUCUUGUUCCACCGUAGCAGCAACAAACGAUUCCGAGUACCGCGUCACAUCAUUGUCACUUCCCAAUUCUCAGCUUUUAGGUUCAAUUCCCUCCGAUCUGGGUUCCAUUCAGCACCUUCAAGUUCUAGACCUUUCCAACAAUUCCCUCAACGGUUCUCUUCCUUCUUCGCUCUCCCAAGCCUCUGAGCUUCAGUUCCUCAACCUGUCUAACAAUUUAAUAUCAGGGGAGGUUCCCGAGUCCAUAGCGCAGCUUCGGAAUCUCCACUUCCUUAACCUCUCCGACAAUGCUUUCGCUGGAAAAUUGCCUCACGAUUUCUCCAACAUGCACAACCUAACUCUGGCUUCUUUCAAGAACAAUUACUUGUUCGGCUUUCUUCCCAGCGGGUUAACAACGUUGCAGGUUUUGGAUCUGUCUUCAAACCUGUUCAACGGGACUCUUCCCGUGGAUUUUGGCGGAGACGCCAUGCGUUACUUAAACAUCUCCCACAACAGAUUUUUCGGCCAAAUUCCAACGGAGUUCGCGGCAAACAUUCCGGGGAACGCCACCGUUGAUCUCUCGUUCAACAACCUCACCGGCCAAGUUCCCGACUCCGCCGUGUUUUUGAAUCAGAAUUGGAAAUCUUUCUCUGGUAACGUUAACCUGUGUGGAGAACAGACCAAGAAUGUUUGUCCUGUUCCUUCUUCAUCGUCCUCUAAACCGAAAGUGUCUGCUCCUAUAUCUCCUCCUGCAAUCGCGGCAAUCCCAAAGACGUUUGAUUCUUCGGCGGCGCCGAAGGGGCAAAAAGAGAGUGGUCUGAAACGAGGAACGAUUAUAGGAAUCGUGGUGGGAGACGUGGUUGGGAUAGGGAUCAUAGCCAUGAUAUUCAUUCAGGUGUACCGGUCGAAGAAAAAAAAGGAGAUGGAGGGUGGUGUGAAGAACGAAGCGGUUACGAGGAGUGGGAGCGAGAGUUCAUCGGAGUCGAGAGGGUUUAUGAGGUGGUCGUGCUUGAGGAAAAGAGCGGAAGAGGAAGAGUGUUCGGAGACAGGAAGCAGUUCUGAUAGUGAUGUGGAGGGUGCGAAACACGAGGGGCAGACCCAUAAGGGUCAGCAACAGGAUGACAAAACGGGGACCCUUGUGACUGUGGAUGGUGAACGACAGCUAGAACUGGAAACGCUGCUGAAGGCUUCUGUAUACAUAUUGGGUGCCACGGGGUCAAGCAUAAUGUACAAGGCUGUCCUGGAAGACGGCAUGUCGUUGGCGGUUCGGAGAAUCGGGGAGAGCGGCGUGGAGCGGUUCAAGGACUUCCAGAACCAGGUUCGACUUAUUGCUAAACUGGUGCACCCUAAUCUGGUUCGCGUUCGUGGCUUCUAUUGGGGACACGACGAAAAGCUCAUCAUCUAUGAUUUCGUUCCAAACGGAUCCCUUGCCAAUGUUCGUUACAGGAAGGUGGGCUCCUCGCCGAGUCACUUGCCGUGGGAAAUCAGGCUGAAGAUAGCGAAAGGGGUGGCACGUGGGCUGACUUACCUCCACGAGAAGAAACACGUGCAUGGAAACUUGAAGCCUAGCAAUAUUCUACUUGGCAAUGACAUGGAGCCCAAGAUUGGAGACUUCGGGCUUGAGAGGAUAGUAACGGGUGACACCAGUUAUAAGCCUGGUGGAUCCGCGCGUAUUUUCGGGAGUAAGAGAUACACGGCCUCGAGGGACAGUUUCCAAGACAUUACAUACGGGCCUAGCCCUAGCCCAAGCCCGAGCCCGAGCUCGAUUAUGGGUUUCUCCCCUUACCAUGCUCCUGAGUCGCUCAGGAACCUGAAGCCUCAUCCGAAGUGGGACGUGUACUCUUUUGGGAUCAUUUUUCUUGAGCUGCUAACGGGGAAGAUUGUGGUUUUGGAUGAUAUGGGCCAAGGCCCUGGGGUUUUGAUCGAGGAUAAGAACCGGGCCUUGCGUAUGGUGGAUAUGUCUAUCCGGGCCGACAUGGAGGGUAGAGAGGAGGCCAUGUUGGCCUAUUUCAAACUAGGGUAUAGUUGUGUGUCUAGCGUUCCACUGAAAAGGCCUCCAAUGAAAGAGGUGCUACAAGCUCUUGAAAAAAUCUCCUCCUCUUCUUCCUCCUCCUAUUAUUAUAGCGUCUAA